UUCGUACACCACGGUAACGGAGAAAGUUAUGAGAGUGGCGGAAAUCUCAAUGAAAGCAGUGCAAUUAAUUUAUCUUCUUUUCUCUUUCGUUCACCCAACCGUCUUUCAUUCUUCUAACUAAUCUUUUCUCUUCCAAUUCCAUUCUCUCUCCCAUGGAUUCCUCCGCUGCCAUUCGAUCCUUUCACUAUCCCAUAGGUACUAUAUCCCAUGUGCGAUCCUCCAUUGAGAGGGCAGCUGUAGUUCCCUGCCAUAAAAUCAGAUGGAACUCUAAUAGAGGGAAGAAGGCAUUGGUUUCGUGUGCAAAAGCAGUUGAAGCUAUCAACACAACCAAGUCUGAUGCUUCUUUGGACAGCACUCAACAAGACAAAUUAGAGAAAAAGCCAUUGCAAACUGCUACUUUUCCUGAUGGAUUUGAGGCUUUGAUAUUAGAUGUCUGUGACGAGACUGAAAUCGCUGAACUGAAAUUAAAGGUUGGUGAGUUUGAGAUGCAUCUUAAGCGUAACAUAGGAGCAACAAAAGCUCCAUUGUCUAACAUUUCACCAACUACACCACCACCUAUUCCAAGCAAACCUAUGGAUGAAUCAGCGCCGACUACCGCACAGCCAUUGCCACCAACAUCAUCUUCAGAAAAAACCAACCCAUUUGCAAAUGUUUCCUCACAAAAAUCAUCAAAGUUAAUAGCAUUGGAGGCUUCUGGUACCAGUACAUACGCAUUAGUAUCUUCUCCUACGGUUGGCUCAUUCCGAAGAGGUAGAACAGUUAAAGGGCAGAAGCAUCCUCCCAUCUGUAAAGAGGGUGAUGUAAUCAGAGAAGGGCAAGUGAUAGGGUAUUUGGAUCAGUUUGGGGUUGGGGCCGGAAUUCCCAUUAAGUCAGAUGUGGCUGGAGAAGUGUUAAAGCUACUUCUUGAGGAGGGAGAUCCUGUUGGUUUUGGAGAUCCCAUUCUUGCCGUCUUGCCAUCAUUCCAUGACAUUAAGUGAUCCAGCAUUAAGAUAUAAUCAUGAGGCAUUUCCUUAUCCGGGGGCUAUUAGCAUAUUUUGGUAUGUUUUAAAUAGAUUGAGAAAUAAUCGUUUGUGCUUUCAUAUUGGGAAAAGGGGUUCUUUUGUAGAAGAUUGUACUUCAUAAUUGUAUACCAGUUGCUCAGAUUGUAUUCGAUUAGCUAAUUCCAGCAUCACCUUGUUAUGUAUCUUAGUUAAUGUACGCAAACAAAGGCUUUGCACACUAUGAAUCAGUCCUAGUACCUGGAGUUUGAUUGCUUUAUUUAUUUUUCUCUAAAAAAGGUGUAGACCUUAUUUUGAGAUACUUGGAACAGAAUAAACACACUCUGCAUUGCUAUAAUA